UACGAAAAUCGGUGUGCGACUGUUAAGACCAAACUAAUAAAUACCUCAUCACUAUUUGCAGUGUUUUCCGUGUUUGCCUUUAAGUUAUUUAAAAUUUAAAUCCCAGCGUUGUGAAAACUCAUUACAAAUAACAAGUUAUUUUGGGAUACUAACACCUGAUCACCACAAAUAACGAAAAAUGAAGCGGCGCGGUAGGCUAGCAUUGCUGCUGCCGUUGUCGGUGUUGCUGAUCGCCACAACAAUUUGUGCAUCGCCAACGUCUAUUAGAAAUGAAAUAACAGCGGAAGUAGAGCAGGGGACCACCUCGGCGACAGUUAAAACCCCCGGGAAACCUGAGCCAACGGUAUCGAUCACCGAGCGACCGACGACAGCCAAUCAACCGGACGUCACUACCAGGCGAACAUCUUCUUUUUCUUUAACUCGCCCCAUUAAAGUGUCACAUGAUCAACUUCAUGAUGCUGAAGACAAUACAAAGGAACUUAUAAAUUUCAAAAAUAAUCGGCUACAGGAGAUUCUAAAGCGAGAUAAGAAGGUACCCGCUGAAGACUUGGUCAAGUUGACAAAGCCCGUUAUCAAUCCCGGAGACGCUUUGUUACAAGAAAUUAAUACGUUAGAUGAAAGUGACUCAAAUAAGAAAAUAAAAGAAGACAUAAAACUACUGAAAGACACCACAAAACCGCGAACCAAAUCUCAUGUGAUACCACCACUAGAAAAGUCGUCCUUAGGAACAACCCAGAGCCGCGCGAUGAAAGAACUCAUCGAAGCCGAAAGCGACGUAACCUACAACGAUGAUCUUGACGACGACGAUGACGAUGAUGAUGAUGAUGACGACGACGACGAUGAUGAUGAUGACGACGCCGACGAUGAAGACAACGAUGAUGGUGACGACGACGAUUACAGAGACGACGACGAUGACGACGUGGAAGAUGAAGAAGACAUAAUGACCAACUGUCCCGACUACUGUAGGUGUGCUGGCCAAUAUGCAGCUGCAACAACAGCAAGAUGUAGUAGACUGAUAGACAACCAGUCCUUUGGUCCAGGCAUCGCCCACUUAUUGAUAGAGAAUGCCGGUGAGAUCAGACUCGGCCCACACGCUCUACGUGAUCGUGAUUUAGAACACAUAGAAACAAUUACCAUUGUUGAUACCCGCGUGUCUCAUAUUGAUCGUACAGCCUUCGACGGCAUUACCUACCUAUUCGCUGUUAAUUUAAGCCGGAACGGUAUCAUUGACAUUCAUCCCGACACCUUUGAAAACAACACACAGCUUAACUUGCUCACCAUCUCGGGCAAUCCCUUCUGGCGUGACUGGUCCGUCACCAAAGAUUACUUACUAAAUGCCCCGAGUGUAACUGAGUUCGACUUUUCUUGGAACUCAAUGCCGCAUCUACCGAAGUCCGCGUUCUCGAAGAUGCCAACCCUGGCGUACUUGAACCUCAAGCAAAACCGCCUGAGCGAUAUCGACAGAGCGAUUUUCAAGCCUCUGAGUUCAUUGGUAGAAUUGGACUUGAGCGGAAACCUUCUAACUGAUUUGCCUUCCGACGUCUUUGAUGGAACAGACCUGCAGAGUUUGAAACUCAACGACAACUUCUUGACCUCUUUGACUUCUGUAAAGGCGACGUCGCUGGACAUUCUCGACGUGUCGAACAACCGCAUCAAGGUAAUCGCCAAGGGUGACCUGGGCAACGUCUCGUCUCUCGAACAGCUGAUUAUUUCGGGCAAUGAACUCAAGAGAAUCCACCAGCAUGCCUUUUCAGAGCUGGACCAACUCGAGCACUUGGACAUCAGCAACAACAAGCUUACUUCCUUCACGGAGCACCACCUCAGAAAUAGCCCAAGAUUAGAGGUCCUGUUGAUGAGCGACAAUCCGGAUCUUGGAUAUCUGCCGGUCUUUAAGAUAAACGGACUUGAGUAUAACACUUACAGUGUCUACCGGUUUGAAUGCGCCAAUUGUGGACUCGUUGAGCUCAAGAGCGGGACUUUCAACGCUAUGCCGGCUAUCGCGAACCUAAAUCUCGCGGGAAACAAACUCGCUGGACUGCCCAAGGAUCUGUUAUCGCCGUUGUCUUCUUUGCGAGAGCUAGAUCUCUCGGACAAUAUGAUUGCAUUCAUACCGAGUGACAUGCUUCGCGGCGCAGUCUCUAUGACGAAAUUAAAUCUCGCCGGAAAUCCGCUAAUGACUCUUCAGGUUACGCCUUUCUUACAGGCGCCAGAACUUACACGGCUUGAUGUUAGCAGAUGCAUGUUGAAACGGGUUUGGACUGAAGCUCGUCAACACUUUAAAUCACUUCGAUUUUUGUCAGUACGUGGAAACGAAUUGGAGCGUAUUACAGUAGAAGAAUUGAAAGCGACACCAAAAUUGUCAGGCCUGGAUAUAUCACAGAACCCAUUGAACUGCGAUGCCGAGUUUGACGGCGCUAUUCAGUGGCUGAAGUCCCACGGUGUUAUUCCCACGGAAACCGUAAGGUACAUCAGCAACCUUGUCGCCAGCGAAACAGAGCAACAUGAGCCUUCGGGUGAAAGUGUCACCAGCUGGUCAGAUCUCGCGAAAUUGGUCUGUGAGGAUGAAUUAGAUAGACCAAUUCUGCGACCAGUCCCACAGAAACCUCCAACCCGCGACGAUGAACCGACCGACGAAGCUGCUGCUGAAAUUUCAAAAUCUGAUCUCGGUGAUAUGAAAUUCAUCAAGACUUUCCCCGGUCAUAAAAAUAAUCCUGUCGAGGACGUUUGGUUGGAAUUGGAUAAAAAUAUCGAGUACGACGAUUACUCAAACGAUCAAGUGUCUAGUGGUUACCGCACCUGGUACAGCACUGCGAUGUGGUCAGUCCUGACUAUUGGUCUUGUAACACUAGGUGUUCUUCUGAUAAUAAUCCAGUUCGCGCGAUACAUGGCCAAUCGCAGAGGCCGUGGACCUGUUAUCAGACCGCCCAUGAUUCUGCGCCAGGGUCUCGUGGACAACAAAAAUUGCGGGCUGGUCUACAAACCUCUCCAAGAGGAAAUCCCAACUCCUCAGCUUCCAAAAAAACCCAGCGGGUACUCUCGCGGGCCUUUUCACUACAAACAAAUAGUGCCUGAAAGCAGCUAAACUUACUUGCUAAUUAUUACAUAUAAUAAUUAUUGAAAUUUAAAGUGAGGUAUUAAAGUAGCUAUAUAAAUGAAAGGCGAAAUAAAUUUUUUAUCAAUCGUAAGAACUGAUAUCUUACUUAAAGGCUCUUAUGAUAAAAAUAUCGUAAUAUUGAAAAUGAAAAAAAAGCCUUAACUAUUACAUUUUAUUUUUAUAAAUUUAAAGUACUUAAAAAAAUUGUACGACAAUUUUAUUUAGUAUAGAUCAUAAGUGGGUGGAUAAAACGUUAUGAAUGGAUUAUUAUUAUUAAUUAUAAUUAUUUUAAAUAGUAUUUCGUAUUGAUUUGUUUAUAUUAAGCCCAUUUGAACAAAUAAUACGGCGAAGGGAUUCCAUUUUUUAAAAUUAUAAUUAUAUAUACAUAUUAAUUAAUUAAUUAUUAAUUUUACUAGUAAGACUUUACAAUAAUUAUAAUGAUUAUAUUUUAAUAGUGAUGAUAAUAGUAAUAAUAUCCAUUAUUAUUAUUGUUAUUAUUACAUAUGUGCCGUAAAUAACUGGGGUAUUUUUUUAUAAAAACUGCAAUAAUGUUAAUUAAAUAAAAUUGUAUACUUAUAUUUUAUCAACUGCAGACUAAUUAUCUGAAAUUCGUUUUUAUAGCUUUAUCUUUUAUCGCUAAUUAUAUUUGGCCGCUGUAAAUAAUAAUAUGUAAUACAAUUUUAUUAACAAUAUAUUAGUCGAAAAAAAUGCUUUCAUUUAAAACUAUAAAAUAAAUUAUUUUUAAAAUAAUUAUUCUCAUUUAUUUAUCUAAUAAAUAUUUAUCAUCAAGGCAUUACCGACUAUAAAUCAAAGUCGUAGUAUCUAGAUCUAAAUGACCUCUAAAUACAUGAGAGUAAGCAAUGAGUCGAGUAAAGUGUCUGGUAUUUUAAUUUAAAAUAAUAAAAUUAUCAUCGUUUGUAAUAACAGAGGAGGAAUGGAGUAAUUUAACUUAGCAUGUCUUUGAAUUUGUUGAGAAUAUUUUUUAAACUCGUAAAAGUAAUGGUUACAUUGUUGAGACGAAUCAUUCCUGUGGUCACUACUCUUUAAGCACAUCGAACCUAUCAUACUUAUUUUUUUCUGUGUGUUUCUGUCAGAUCGGAUAAAAGUGAUACAAGUUCCAUCGACGUAGAUGUAAAAGUGCAUUAAAUUUUUUACCACUGGAGAAAUUAUCUCACACAUAAUGUUGCCCAGAAGACUUGUGAUUUAUCUUCAGUAUGCCGAGUCUCAGUAUUAGUGAGUAAAAAAGUAUAUUUCCAGGGU